AUGGACACCUUUGAGAAGCUCUCUGUGAGCGAGCGCAAGAUCGUUGUCGGUAUCGAUUUUGGCACCACAUACUCGGGCGUGGCCUGGGCCGAAACCCAACGCCCCGACCGGCGAACUGCCAUCACCACGUGGCCCAUCAGCAAGACGGUUCGCGAGGGCGAAUCCUCCGACAAGGUGCCUACCAAGCUCAGAUACGCCGACGGUGAGGUUCAGUGGGGGUUUUCCAUCCCCGUCACUGCGCCUCAGGACCAAGUCAUCGAGUGGUUCAAGCUUGACCUCGAUGCUUCUUUUCAGGGCAUGAGCCCAGCCGUCUCCUCCGAGCGCAAAGCCGUGGACAAGUUGGUCACCGACUACAUCUCGGCACUCGGCGACCAUCUGCACUACACCUUGCGGGAGAAGCUGGGUGAGCAAGUGGUCAAGACGACCCCUCUCGAGUUCGUCGUCACCGUCCCCGCCAUCUGGUCCGACCUCGCCAAGGACAAGACGAGGCAGGCCUGCCAGAAGGCGGCGGGUCUCACCGCAGGGACGAACGCCCCCAUCCACCUCGUCUCCGAGCCCGAGGCCGCCGCCAUCUACGCGCUGCACGGCCUCGACCCUCACGGCCUCAAGGUCGGCGAUACCGUCGUCGUCGUGGACGCGGGAGGCGGCACUGUCGACUUGAUCUCCUACACCAUCACGAGUCUGAAGCCCAUCCUCGAGGUCCAAGAGGCCGCUCCGGGAUCCGGUGCCUUGUGCGGCUCGACUUUCCUCAACAUGCGCUUCGCCAAGUUCCUCAAGGCAAAGCUCGGCAAGGAGGACGGGUUCGACGACGACAUCAUGGCAGAGGCCAUGGAGCAGUUUGAGAAGAAGAUCAAGCGGCAGUUCACACUCGGCGCCGCCCCCGAAGAAACCUACACCAUCCCGGUCGGAGGUCUGGCCAACAACAAGGAGCUCGGAAUCAGCCGCGGUCGGUUCGCCCUCAAGGCGUCUGAUCUCCAGACCAUUUUCGAGCCCGUCGUGCUGGAGUGCAUCAAGCUCGUCAAGGACCAGAUCACGGCCAGCAACACCCCGAUCCGGGCCGUCCUCCUGGUGGGCGGGUUCGGCGCCUCCCACUACCUCAAGGAGCGUCUGCGCAACGCCAUUGACAAGAACAUCCAGAUCAUGCAGCCGCCCAACGCGUGGCAGGCCGUCGUGCAGGGGGCCGUCAUGAAGGGCCUGGCGCAGGUGUCGCCCGACCGCCUUACGCAGGUCCGGGUCCAGAACCGUAAGGCGCGCAAGCACUACGGGACCGAGUGGCGCACCAAGUACGACGUCAAGGCCCACAAGCACCUGGAGCAGAGGCGGCACUGGUGCGGCCUGGACGGCUGCUACAAGGUGUACACGAUGGAGUGGUUCAUCCAGCGCGGCGACAACGUGUCGGAGAACGAGCCCUUCUACACGUCCUUUGUGUGGACGGGCCUGGUGAGCCAGGGCCGCAUCAAGAAGAUCAAGAUGGACGUCUACGCCGACCGCAACGCGAGGGCCGCCCCCGUGGCCCGCGACGACAACGUCUCCAUGCUCGUCCACAUCGAGGCCGAUGUCAGCCACAUCCCGGAGCACAUGUUGGCCCGUCGGAAGGGUCUUGAUGGGCAAUGGUACUACGAGCUGAGCUGCAAGAUCGAGGCCGUCUACCUGUCUGCAUCGACUACCUACACGUUGCUCUACAACAACACCCACGCUCUCUCUGCGUUUCACGAUCUUCUCUUCUUCACCAACGACUUGCCCCAGUACUCAGCAACGAGAAACACUCGGGCAAGCAAGCACUGCAAUAUCCAGAGACUUUUCUGCGCUGUUGAAGCGAGCGGAGACCCCCGCGACCAUCCCGACGAUGCCGAGCACACCGUCGCCGGCUGGCUCACUGUGGCCGGGUCGUUCCUCGUCUACUUCGUGUCCUUCGGGUACAUGAACAGCUUCGGGUUCUUCCAGGACCACUAUCUCGAGCACGGCCUUGCCGGGUACCCGUCGUCCGUCAUCGCCGUCAUCGGGUCGCUCCAGCUCGGCCUCAUGUAUAUCCUGAACCCGGUCGCCGGCGGUCUCGCGGACGCCUACGGCCCCGCGAAGCUCUACUCGGUGGCCGCACUCGGCGCGGUGCUUUCGUACGUCGGCGUCUCGUUCGCGCAGGACGGGCAGAUAUGGCAGUUCAUCCUGAGUCAGGGCGUCUUGUUCGGAGCAACGGCCGUCUUCGGCACGUGCGCCGCCGUGCCGAUCGCCAGCCAGCACUUCUCCCGGCGCCGCGCUCUCGCCAUCGGCAUCGUCGCCAGCGGAAGCAGCGCCGGCGGCGUCUGUCUGCCCAUCAUGUUCUCCCAUCUCGUGCCGCGGCUCGGCUUCGGCUGGACGCUGCGGAUCGCCGCGCUCAUCAGCCUGGGCUGCUACGCGGUCGCCAUGCUCAUCUCCACGCCUAAGCAUCCCCGCAAACCCGUCGAGUCAGUCUGGUCCGUCGCGGACUUUAGCGGCUUCCGGGACCGGCGCUAUGUUACCCUUGCUCUCGCCAACGUGGUCGGCAACUUUGGUCUCUACAUUCCGUUCUACUAUCUAGAGUCUUACAUUGCGGCUCGCCACCCCGAGGCCGCGGUCGGGAACUACUUGCUUCCUCUCAUCAACGGGUCGAGCUUCUUCGGCCGAGUCAUCGGCGGUUUCGUUGCUGACCACGCCGGCGGCCUGAAUCUCCUCUACCCUCUGACGGCCGGUUCGGGGAUUCUCUGUCUCACGAUGUGGCUCCUGGCCAGCAGCGUCGACAUGAUCAUCGCGUUUGCCUGCUUAUAUGGCUUCUGCUCCGGCAUCUUCAUCAGCGUCACGCCGUCCGUGGUCGUCCAGCUCUCGCCCCCGGACAAAGUCGGCGCUCGGCUGGGCGCCUUUUCCAUCUGGAGCGCUGUCGGGGUGUUCACAGGCACCCCCAUCGGCGGAGCGUUCAUCCGCCAGGGCACGCUGCGCGAGUACCAACACCUGAUCGUCUUUACUGGCGUCUGUCUCACAGCGGCUGCAGUCUUGCAGUUUGUCGCGCGGUUGCUAUGCGGGAGAGACUUGCGUAAGAAGUGGUAG